AGUCAGUUUUGUUUUACUCGAAAGACUGACACCUUUCUCCAAAAAAAAUUAUUUGAGCACAGUAAUAUACCAGAAUUAUUCAUCCAAGAUCAAACAAACCAAAGAAGCAGAGACAAUCAAUCGAUCGGUCUAACCAUGGAAGUAGGAGCUUCAUCAUCUUCUUCUCCCACCAGACGGAAGAUCGAGUAUGAUGUUUUCAACCGUUUUAGAGGCGAGGAUACUCGCUAUGCUUUCACGGCCCAUCUUUUUGAGGCUCUGCGCAUCAGAAAAGUUCACACCUACUUAGACGAGGUCACUCUCAAGAGAGGAGACCAAAUCUCACCUUCGCUACUUCAAGCAAUUGAGCAAUCCAAGAUUUCUGUGAUCGUUUUCUCGGAAAAUUAUGCCGACUCCUAGUGGUGUUUGGACGAGCUUGUGAGAAUUAUGGAGUGCAAGGAGAUUCAUGGGCAGCAAGUGGUUCCCAUUUUUUACCAUGUUGAUCCUUCGUGUGUGAGGAAUCAAAAGGGGGCUUAUGAGCUAGAAGAGCGAUUUAAAGAUAAGAAGAUGGAGAAGUUGAAGAUUCAUGGGCAGGCAUGGAGGAAUGCUUUGACGAAAGCUGCCGAUUUGUCUGGUUGGAGUACUCAGCAAAUCAGUGUUCAUGUGUGUUAGGUCUGAAUCUCAAUGGAUAAAAACAAUUGUUAAAGAUAUUAUCAACAGAUUGAGGUGUAUGUCUUCUUCAAGUGCUUAUUUGGAGGAAUUAGCUGGAAUAGAUAGACGCAUGGAGCAAGUUGAAUCAAUGCUGUGCCUUACUCAUCCAGUGAUCGGGUGGUAGUAGUUGGCCUUUGGGGAAUGGGGGGUAUAGGCAAGACAACUCUUGCUGAAGCUGUGUUUAAGAAAAGUUCUCAUCAGUUUGAAGGUUGUUGCUUUCUUUCAAAUGUUAGAGAAGAAUGGGACCAUGGACGAAAAAAGUAUGAUUUACGGAAUAAGUUUUUCUGGAAAUUAUUGGAUGAAGAAACUAAUAACAUGAAAAUUCCAUUCUCUUUUGACGAAAAUAGACUCUGCUCCAAGAAGGUUCUCAUAGUUCUUGAUGAUGCUAAUGAUCCAGAGCAAUUGGAAUUUUUGGCUGGAGAUGGUAAAUGGUUUGGGUUGGGGAGUAAAAUCAUCAUAACAACAAGAGAUAUGCAAUUGCUUAAGAAUCGAGCUGAUGAGAUAUACAAAGUUGAGGGAUGGAGUUUUGAUGAAGCUUUCCAACAUUUUCAAAAGAAUGCUUUAAGAAGAAACAUUCCAAUAGAUGAGUUUACAGAGCUAUCAAAAAGGGCGGUAGAUUAUGCAGAUGGAGUUCCACUAGUUCUUCAAGUAUUGAUGGGUAUCCUAUUUAGUGAUAAUAACAAAGGGAAAUGGGAAAGUAUACUGGAUGACUUAAAAGAUUCCCCCAAUGAAAAAAUUCAUGAUGUUUUGAAGGUAAGUUACGAUGGUCUAACUAGAAAAGAAAAGGAUGUCUCUCUUGAUAUUGCAUGUUUUUUCAAAGGAGAUGGAAGAAGUAAUGUAGAAAGUAUACUAAAAGGCAGUGAUUCCUUUGUUGGCAUGAGAAUAGAUAAUCUGGUUGAUAAGUCUCUCAUAACUAUUGAGAAACACAUAGGCCGGGAUUCACUUUGGAUGCAUGAUUUGGUACAAGAAAUGUGUUGGGAAAUUGUUAGCCAACAAUCCAUUAACAAGCCUGGAAAGCGUAGUAGAUUGUGGAAACCUGAAGAUGUUUAUCAUGUCCUCAAAAACAAUAAGGUGUCAGCUCCGGUUGAAGGAAUAUUCUUGGACAUCUCUAAGAUUAAAACAUUCAACUUGAGCCCCAAUGUGUUCCUGGAGGCAAACAAUCUCAGAUUGCUCAAAAUCCAUAGUUCUAACAGGAUCAACAAUACGAAAUUAUGUUUCCCUCAAGGUCUUCAAUGUCUUCGUAAAGCACUUAGGUUUCUUUACUGGGAAGGAUGUCCACUCAAAACAUUGCCAUUAAGUUUCGAUCCUAUAAAGCUUGUUCAACUUAGAAUGCAAGAGAGUCAGGUUGAGCGACUUCGGGAUGGAAUCCAGAUGGACCGACAACCAUUUCGUCCAAGAAUAUAUAGGCUUGGAAUACAUCUCAGAGCUCAAAUGGCAAACAAACAAGCAAUAGACCAAAUAAUAUAUAGUCAGCCAAUGGAAAAAUGUGAGACAAUAUCCUUUGGAGAAUUAGUAUUACAUUGUUACGGUAAUAGUGAAACCAAAUAUAUCCCUCACAAAGCCAUUAGUAAAGAGCAACAAUGUUUAUUAAAUAAUCUUCAUCACGCCUAUCUAUUUAAUAAUCCUAGAUAUUUCCAGGCAGUAUUAAAAUGCCUAAUAGAAUACUUCCAAAGUAAGAAAUUUUUUUAUUACUAUUUAGUAUUUCGAGGGAAAAAACCAGGAUUAUAUACGUCAUGGCAUUCAGUAGCCGAAACAGUAGAUAAAUUUAAUAAUGCCCUUUGGAAAGGCCAAGUAAAUUAUGAAUAAGCUACUAUAGCUACUAUUAUGUAUUGGAGUCUCAAUUAUUAUGAUGAGACAAAAGAUAAGGGGAAAUAAAAAGUAACUGAAUUAAAUUGGCCCAAUUGUAUUUAUUAUAAUAAAAUAAUAAUAGAAAAAGACUUAGUAAACUAAAAAUUAAAAGAAAAUGAAGCCUGCUGGGACCAAAUUACCAGUCUUAAGCUUCAAGUGGAUGCCUUUCGACAUCAGCGUCAGCAACAGAGCACUUCACCUACCGCCAAUCCAGUAACCAUGUCCACUAAAGAUAUACAACUUAUUAUCAAUAAAGCUGUUGACGAGAAAAUUGAGGAGUAGAAUAGUCAGUUUGAUGGGACAUAUGAUGCAGAAGACUCCAUCGACCGACUUGGACUUGAUGGCCCUACUAUGGGAAGCACUACGAUUUAAAGUCUGAUUUAAAGAUAAGAUGCUCUUUUCACAAAGACCAAAGGUAGCCGCCCAUGUGCUACACAAAGACCAAAGAUAUGAUGCGUAGCACAUGGGCGAAUACCUUUGGUCUUUGUGAAAAUAACAUCUUAUCUUUAAAUCAGACUUUAAAUCGUAGUGCUUCCCAUAGUAGGGUCUUCAAGUCCAAGGCGGUCGAUGGAGUCUUCUGCGUCAUAUGUCCCAUCAAAUUAACUAUUCCACUCCUCCAUUUUUUCUUCGACAGCUUUAUUGACAAGAAGUUGUAUGUCUUUAGUGGACAUGGUUACUUGAUUGGCGGUAGAUGGAGUGCUCUAUUGUUGAAGCUGUUGUCGAAAGGCAUCCACUUGAAACUUAAGACUAGUAAUUUGGUCCCAGCAGGCUUCAUUUUCUUCUUUUAAUUUUUUGUUUACUAAUUCUUUCUCUAUUAUUGUUUUAUUAUAAUAAAUACAAUUUAAUUCAAUUACUUUUUAUUUCCCCUUAUCUUUUGUCUCGUCAUAAUAAUUGAGACUCCAAUACAUAAUAGCAGCUUUAGUGGCUUCUUCAUAAUUUACUUGGCCUUUCCAAAGGGCAUUAUUAAAUUUAUCUACUGUUUCGGCUACUGAUUGUCAUGACUUAUAUAAUCCUGAUUUUUUCCCUCGAAAUACUAAAUAAUAAUAAAAAAAUUUCUUACUUUGGAAAUAUUCUACUAGGCAUUUUAGUAUUGCCUGGAAAUAUCUAGGAUUAUUAAAUAGAUAGGCGUGAUAAAGAUUAUCUAAUAAACAUUGUUGUUCUUUACUAAGGGCCUUGUGAGGGAUAUAUUUGGUUUCACUAUUGUCAUAACAAUGUAAUACUAAUUCUCCAAAGGAUAUUGCCUCACCAUUUUCCAUUGGCUGACUAUAUAUUAUUUGGUCUGCUGCUUGUUUGUUUGCCAUUUGAGCUCUGGGAUGUAUUCCAAGCCUAUACAUUCUUGGACGAAAUGGUUGUCAAUCCAUCUAUAUUGUAAAUUAAUCGAGAUAAAAUAUCAGCAUAAUAAUUAUAUUUUACUUUAAUAUGCUCAAUAGUAGGAUUAUAUCAUUUAUUAAAGAAGGGUUUAUACUUUUUUGGACCAUGUGUUUUUUCUCAUUACCUGUUUGGACCCUGUGUUUUAUAAAAUAGAACUUUAAACUCAAUUUUGAUGAAGAAAAAAUUGAAUAUAACAACACAGUUUUUAAGCAUAAUGAUUUUAUUUUUGUUCUGAAUUGUUAGUUUGGUAAAUUAUUUGUGAUUUUAGUUGAAAAAACAUUAACCAAAUUCAGAUUUAGGGUUCUAUUUUAACCAUUUUACAAAACAUGGGGUCCAAAAAGUAAUUUGUCAAAACACAGGGUCCAAACAGGUAAUGUGAAAAAAUAUAGGGUCCAAAAAGGUAUAAACCCAUUAAAGAAUUUUGUCCAUCUAUUAGUAAUUAGUUUUUUUAUUAUUUUGCCUCAUUUUUUCAUAAAAGCUUAUUGUUGUUUGGCAAUCUGUUCUAAUAGUAAAAUCUUUUUUAUUAAUUAAAUAAAGAUUGAAUGCAUCUAAGGAAUAUUCGAUUGCCAUUAUUUCAGCAUCAAUACUAGUAAUAAUUUUUUCUUUAUACUGUGAUUACUCUACAAAAUAAAGUUAUUUUACCACUUUUUAUGUGCUAAUUGUUGCUUAAUUUCUGAGUUUUUAAUUGAUUUAUUAAGUUUUUAAGUAAUUUUGAAUUUAGUAGUCUUAUUAUGAUUUUAUAUACUUUUGUGUGUUUUUAUAAGUAUUUUGUUGUAAAAUGUUGUAGU